UGUCUUGUCGGUUGCCAAUUAACUUUUGCCCUGACCUUUUAACUUGUAUACUUUGAAGUAUUUAAUCAGAUUAGGCCCCCCCCCCCUAACCCUAACCCCCCGUGUUCCUGUAAGGCAGCAAUUUCCCAGCAGGCAGAAAGUAAAGCUGUGGGUGAGGAGUUUUUCGGGUACUCCACACCCACUCAUGAACCCCCCCCCCCCCCCAUUUCUCUCCUUUAUCUUCACUCUCCGGAGCUGUCUGGGUGGACAUAACCAACCUCCCUCCCUGCAUUUCUUUGACUCUGGAUCUGGAGCUGCGCCUGAGCAAGAUGAAACAGGUGCGUCCCCUCGUCAUGUUGACCGCCAUCGCUCUGCUGGUUCUUCCACGGUCCUCCACCGCCCAGAACCCAUCAGACCUCCUACAUGUGACCAUCACAUCUGGUCCAAACGCGACGGGCGAGCUGGGCGCCUCACUGAUAUUACCGUGUCUGGUGUCGCUGGCCCGUCCACCGCCCGCCCCGGCCACCAACGGCCGGCACGCCGCUCUCUCUCUACCUCGCGUCAGGUGGAGCCUGGUAGGCCACGAUAACGAGACUGAGAUCCUGGUGGCUCGCGGCGACAGCGUGCAGGUGAGCGAGGCCUACCGGGGCCGGGCCUCGCUGCCGCGUUACGCCGUCUCCCCCGCUGACCUGACGCUUCAACUGGAGGGGCUGAGGUACGGCGAUGCCGGCGAGUAUCGCUGUCAUGUGCAGCAGGGACCCGACCAAGACCACGAUGCCACACGGGUCCAAGUCAAAGGUUUGGUGUUCCAUCGCGGGGACCCGUCGAGAAGCUCGCACGCCUUCACCUUUGAGCAGGCCCGCGAGGCUUGUACGGGGAUCGGGGCCCAAAUGGCCAAGCCGGAGCAGCUGGUGGCGGCUUACCACAGCGGCUACGAGCACUGCCGAGCGGGUUGGCUCUCGGACCGCUCGGUUAGAUAUGCGGUUCAGAAGCCAAGAGAGGACUGCUUGGGUGUCAUGGAAGGUCUUCCAGGAGUGAGGACCUUUGGAACGUUAGAGCCCCAACAACUUUUUGAUGUCUACUGCUACGUGGGCCACAUUGGAGGUGAGGUGUUCCACGCCUCGGCUCCUCGCGGUUUUACCUUCGGGCAGGCCAAGGCGUACUGCCAGAGCGAAGGGGCGGAGCUAGCUACCCUCGGUCAACUGUACUCAGCCCGGCACCAGGGAAUGAACCACUGCGGCUCAGGGUGGCUGAAGGGCGGCAGGGUGCAUCACACCAUGGUGACCUCCGGAGGGCGCUGUGGGGAUGCGCCAGGAAACAUGACGGAGUUCCCCGAAGCUCACAACCACCAUGACGUCUACUGCUUCAGAAGUGACUUCGCUCCAUCUCCGCUAUCUACUCUCACCACUGAGUCAGAAGACGUCAGCCAUCUUCUCUCCACAGCAGAAACAGCCACCUGUAGUGAGGUUCAAACGGUCCACCCUGUCACGCAACACCCACUAAAGACCGAAUCGUGGACUUCGGAUGAUCCUGAGCCUGAAAGUCACAGGGCAUCUUUUGCCAACUUGAAGAUCUUCAUUACAAAGACAACAUCUGGACCCGAUGACAUCACCAGCCACUCGGAGGAACACAAGAGCACUUUUCCCACUAGUGCUAGUACCGUGGAUUUGACGUCAUCUCACAGCAUAGAACCAAGCUCCACUGUCUCACCCACUUUUGACCACAACAAAACAGUUGAAGAUCAUGAAGAGUCUGAAGACCAAAAGACCCACCCCUUGGUUACUAUGGAAACCAACUCAAUCACCUCCUCAGAGCCACCUUUGGAUUCAAGUGAGGAGCUUUCUGGUGUGGCAUCCAUCACGCCAGAGUCACCCAAGAUCCUACCAGCUGAGGUCAUGACAGUCACUGCGACCCCUUCCACCAGGACCUCAUCCUCUGGGAUCCAAUCUAGCUCCGCUCCGGACCUGCUUACCUUCAUCUCGGACAGUACGACACACCAAGAAGCAGUCCAGAAUACCACACCAAAAGAUGGAGACAACGCUAGAACCGAAACCGCCACCAAAGAAAGUCCAGAAGUAAAACCAGGAUGGAGAUCAAACCUGAGGGACUCACCAGAUCACACAACUGUUCCCGGAACACCUCCAUCGACAUCUACUUCCUCCACACAUCAAUCUGGAUUCCGCAUGUUGUCCAGCUCUCCACUUCCUGUUGCAUGGAAAGAAGCCACUAGCAUCACCAGCACACCAAAGGGAGGACAAGAGGAGACCGGCCCUCAAAGAUGUUCCGGGUGUCUCCUUGAAGACCAAACCAAGGAGACCGUAACUGACCCGAUUGUAGACCGAGAAGAACCCACGGUCAUGGCUGAAAGACAGGAAGUCAUCCUAGACCUAUGCGGGGAGAGCCCAUGUUUGAAUGGCGGCACAUGCGUCGACGGCGAGACGCCCAAAUGCCUCUGCCUGCCCGGGUACAACGGCGCCUCCUGCCAGUCAGAUGUGGAGGCUUGUGAGGCCGGCUGGGAGAAGUUCCAAAGCUUCUGCUAUCGUCAUGUGACCGCACGGCAGAGCUGGGAGGGGGCAGAACAACACUGCCGGAUUAUUGGCGGACAUCUUAUGUCCAUCAUGUCCCCUGAGGAGCAACAGCACAUCAAUGACAAAUAUCGAGAGUACCAGUGGAUCGGACUGAACGACAAAACCAUCGAGGGAGAUUUUCGCUGGUCCGACGGGAACCUUCUGAUUUACGACAACUGGCACAGAGGACAGCCGGACAGUUACUUCCUGUCCGGCGAGGAUUGCGCCGCCAUGGUUUGGCACGACGGAGGACGCUGGAGCGACGUGCCUUGCAACUACCAUCUUUCCUUCACCUGCAAGAAAGGCCUCUCAUCCUGCGGCAAGCCUCCGACAGUCCCCAACGCCACGCCGUUUGGUAAGACGCGGACGCACUACGAGACCUUCGCCAAGGUACGCUACCGCUGCCACGCCGGCUACGUCCAGAAACUGAACCCCAUCAUCAGCUGCCUGCCCAGCGGCCGCUGGGAGGAGCCCUUGAUCUUGUGCAUGCCAGACCUCCGACUCAAUUCAACUGCUCGCCCCCAUCCCGAUGCGGUGGAGGAAGUCACCGUAGAGGUCCACACACAAAGCAGCACCCCGCUACAGAAAAUCCCUCUCUAAACAUCUUCAGCACAGAAACUAACCUUAGGCUCCACCCCCCCCAAAAAUACGCUGUAAUCCAAAUAGUACAGCCGAGUCACACAAACAAGUAAUUUUAGCGUCCUGUUUGUAUUUUUUGAUUUCGAAAAGUGAUGUAUUUUAUUAAAGCAAACAUGGCGGGGCA